AUGUCGACAACCGCGUCUGGCCUGCCCGGUCGUCAAACCCACGCUCGGGCGACCUCGCACUCGCUGCUUACCGGUGCCCUCAACGCAAACCACCGAGUCACUCGACGAAAGUCGGUUACGAACCCGAGCUCCAACAUCACUUCCGCCUUGGCCGCUGCCCUCCGGGAUGGUGACCGGUCCGCCGCUGUGCCCAUCGCUAACGGUGGCCGCCGAAUGUCCAAGAGCGCCGCUGCCAGGGCGGCACUCGUUGGCAGCCUUCCCUCCCCGCCAGCCAGCCUUCCGAACCACAAGUCGAUGUCCGAUCCGAAGCGAGAGCUCAAUGGUAGCGCCAUCGAGGACGAUCCGAAUGACGGCUCGGCCGACGAGGGAUCGACCAAGUUCCAGAAGGCUCGUCAGAGGCGUGCCAGCGACGGUCAGACUCUCAAGGAGGGCAAGAAGAGCAACCGGGUCGAGGUCCGCUGCGACAAGUGCGGCAAGGGCUACAAGCACAGCAGUUGCUUGACGAAGCACUUGUUGGUACCCCUCUUCCCCAUUGACCUUGCUCCCAAUCCAGCGAGUCUUUUGCAAAGACAAGAUCUGCUUUUGGCGUGUGACGUUGCGUGGGAGCACACUCCCGAAUGGUCCUACACCUCGAAGCUGCUCAUCUCGAAGCACCAGCAAGUCCAGCUGCUUGAGGCUGCCUCUGUCCUUGUUGCCAUGAACGGUAACAGCAAGGACAGUGCUGCCACUCCUCCCGACUCUGCCAAGGACUUCCAAAGCGAGGCCGGGUCUUCUUCACCUGCGGCUUCGGGGUACUCUGACCCCGCAGAGCGACAAAGCUCUGCCGACACAACCCCGCCACCAUACGCCGAGGGGCUGAAUGUCAAUGGCACUUCGUAUAGAAACAAGCGUCACAGCAGCAACGGCGGGUAUGCAACGAGCUUCCAGUCCACAUCGGCGGCUUCGUUUGGCGCUGGGAGUGCGCCAUUUGGCUCAGGAUUCGGUCACUACCGGCAGCCUAGCAACGACCACCGACCAACGUCAUCCGGUCGCAACGCGACGGGCGAAGACGAUCGGGACCUAGCUGCGGCGGUGGAGCUCCUCAGCUGCAGCUUUGGUAGCAACAAUGGGUCUCGCAACGCUGGACUUCCCGCAGAUGCGCCCCCUGUCCCUCCGCUGCCGGCGCAGUACCUCGACCAAGCAACCCCUCUAUCAGCAGCGGGCUUCAUCAACAGCUAUCCCAGCCGACAACCUGAAAGUUUCACACGAGGCGAAAUGAGACGACCCAGCGAGGACGUCAAGAUGGAGGAGAGCGGCGAUUCGGUCAUGGACGACGACGAUUUCGAAAUGCGUUCGCGGGGUCGCAGCGAAGAUGACGACGACGGUGUUUUCGGUCGCAUGGAGGAAUGA